AUGCGUUCCCACCAUGCACAUGCACCUUGGCGGAAAUCGGUCCUGAUCCCUUUCUGGUCAAUUCAACUCCUUGUUGGCUUAUUGGAUUUGGCACUGCUUGGGCUGGCCGUCGGGGUUAUAGUCAAUUGGGAUAACAAUGACGGGUAUUGUGCGGAUGGUAUUGAUUGCAACUUCAACGAGGUGUCGACUGGGGCAAAAAUUAUCGUUCCAAUAUGGAUGGCCAUGUUACUUAUAUGCCUGGUCCUCACCAUCGCCGAGAUAAUUCUGCUGGCACGACACAAACUCAAGCCCAAGACCUUCGUCAUAUUCAAUACAAUCAAGAGCACGAUCUGGACUGUUCUCUUUGUGCUGGACAUCGUAUCAUUCGUGGACAACAACUCUCGAACUGUCUCAUUCGUUGGGCUUAUAAUCGAAGCUGUCUUGUGGCUCUGCUUCAUCAUCCCUCUAAUCUACGGUUCAGUAAUCUACCACCGUACGCGCCGUGACGGCUACUCCUCAGUUAUCGACCCCAACGCGAAUCCCUCCAACGUCGACGGUGUCCCCGAAUACCCUGCGAUACAAACUCCAUACACGGGCUACAGUGCCAAAGCAUACGCUGCGCCAGACAUCGAGGCUCAACCGGGCAGCGAAAGAAGAGCUAGCUACAAUCAUGAAAGAGACACGCGAUUCGAGGCGUUUAGAAGUUCGAGCUAUGGAAAUGAAAGCUACUUGCCAUACGCACAAGAGGUACAUGGCGACAUUGGAUACAGGGGAACGGUACCGACUGGUGGACUCAGCUCUGGGAGGGGUAGUCCUGAAAUCCCGCAAGUUUAUGUGCAGCACCACGAUGGAGAGACAUUUGAGAUGGAGAGCAAUAGUAGGAGGGACUUGCGAUAG